GUAUUUUUGGCAGGGGCCAUAUAUGUGUGUGAUGUGUAGUUAAGUGAUAGAAGAUAAGGGGAGAGAGAGAGAGAGAGAGAGGGAUAUGGCAAGCAGAGGUGGAGGUUGGAUAUCAUCAAGAAGCUGCAUAAACACUAGUAUUCCACAAAGAGAUAGUAGUACAAGGAUCAGCAAAGGAAAUCACUUGUCAUUGAUAACAAAAAAAAGCAAAAAGCCUCUGGUGAGAAUUUCUAGCUCAGAUGGAAAAUGGCAUGGAGAAUGGAAUUCUGAUUACAUUUUCACACUUAAAGACCUUCAACUUGAAGAUUUAGCUGAAGAAAGGGAUACUCCAAUUUCUAUUCAACUCUCUAUCCACAAGCACGCUGGCUUUGGGCUCUCAGUGGAUGGAACAAUUAUCACAUCUUUCACCACAAAAUGUAGCAACUGUUAUUCUCCAUACUGCAGAGAGGUACAUACAAGUUUUAAAGUUUGGGUAUUACCAUCAACCAGAGACAACAAAGGAUGUGCACAUCAACUUCCACUGCUUGGUUGGGAUGAUCCAUCAGUCAUCUAUGUCAAACCAGGAUUUGAAGCUGACCUUGAUUCCUUGAUACAAGACACCGUUAGACUUGCUACCUCUGUAAAAGAGACUUGUUCAGAAUCAUGUGAGAAAUCUGUACCUAAAUUGCAGCCUUUGGGUAAACAAAAUGCUGCCUCCAUUGAUAGGAGGUGGUCCAGAUUAUUGGAGCUUAAGAAGGAAACUUAACUUUCAUCAAAAUCUCAAUAUAUAUAUAUAUAUAUGCACUGUAAAACCAAACAACAUAUUACUUUCUCCCUCUCUUCAAACUAUUAUCUUCUCAUAGCUCAAAUGAAAAUAAAGGAAAAUAAACUGUUUGCUUAUUUACUUGCUCAAAA